AUGCGAGAGCCAUCACUUCUUCCAGAGCUCUGCAUUCUGCUGAGUUUGUCAGGAGUUGUGUUUCAGAAGGCCGAAGGUGCCUGUGCUCGGUGCCCCCAAAAUUCUUUCUGCGUCAAUAGUACUCACUGUACCUGCAACCAUGGAUACACUUCUCAGUCUGGGCAGAAGUUCUUCACGUUCCCCUUGGAGAUAUGUCAAGAUAUUGAUGAAUGUAAACCACCCUAUAGUAUAUAUUGUGGAUCAAAUGCUGAAUGUCAGAACGUUGAAGGAGGUUUCUACUGUCGCUGUGACCUUGGCUAUAAACUCCUCUCUGGGGAUACACAGUUCCAGAAUUCCCACGAGAACACUUGUCGGAAGAUCGCCUCCCCAAACACAACCAAAGGCAAGAAAGAGCUACAACAGGUUGUUGAGAAUUUCGAGUCACUUCUCAUCAACAAGACUCUCUGGGAAACAGGAGAGAAAAGAGAAGUUGCAUCCAUGAUCACAUCUAUUCUCCAGACUAUGGAAUCCAGUGUUCUAGAAACUGCCUUGAAAACCCCAAACCAAGAAAUCCAGAAAGUUCAAAACAGCACUAUGGCUAUUGAAACUCGAGUUGUUACAGACAAUUGCUCUGAGGAAAGAAAGAUCUUCAACUUGAACGUCCAAAUGAACUCACUGGACAUCCACUGCAAUGACAUCAUCCAGGGAAACGUACAAGGUCCCAGUGCGGUUGCCUUGAUUUCAUACUCUUCUCUUGGAAACAUCAUAAAUGCAACUUUUUUUGACGAGAUGAAUGAGAAAGAUGGAGUUUUCCUGAACUCCCGGGUAGUGAGUGCUGCUAUUGGACCCAAAAGGAACAUAUCUCUUUUCAACUCUGUGAUUCUGAGUUUUCAGCACGUGAAGACGAAGCCCCUGAGCAAAAAGGCCUUCUGUGUCUUCUGGAAAAGCACAGAGGAAGGUGGCCACUGGUCCACGGAUGGUUGUUUCCCGAUACAAGUGAACAAGAGUCAUACUACAUGCAGAUGCACCCAUCUGUCCAGUUUUGCAGUCCUCUUGGCCUUCACCAGCCAGGAGGAGGAUCCCAUCCUGGCUGUGAUGACCUACGUGGGACUGAGCCUUUCUCUGCUGUGCCUCUUCCUGGCAGCCCUCACCUUCCUGCUGUGCAAAGCCAUCCAGAACACCAGCACCUCAAUCCACCUGCAGCUCUCUCUCUGCCUCUUCCUGGCCCACCUGCUCUUCCUCACAGCUGUCGACAGAACUGAGAUCAAGGUGCUGUGCGCCAUCAUCGCAGGUGCCUUACACUACCUCUACCUGGCUUCCUUCACUUGGAUGCUGCUGGAGGGCCUGCACCUUUUCCUCACUGCACGCAACCUGAGAGUGGUCAACUACUCCAGCACGAAUAGACUCAUAAAGUGGCUCAUGUUUCCAGUCGGCUAUGGAGUCCCGGCUGUGAUCGUGGCCAUUUCCGCAGGAUCCAGGCCUCACCUUUAUGGAACGCCUGAUCGCUGCUGGCUCCACCUGAAACAAGGAUUUAUCUGGAGUUUCCUUGGCCCUGUCUGUGCCAUUAUUAGUGUAAAUUUAGUAUUUUUUCUCUUGGUCUUUUGGAUUUUGAAAAGGAAACUCUCCUCCCUCAACAGUGAAGUGUCAACCAUCCAGAAUAUAAGGAUGCUGACACUCAAAGCGACAGCUCAGCUCUUCAUCCUGGGCUGCACGUGGUGUCUGGGCAUCUUGCAAGUGGGCCCAGCUGCCCGGAUCAUGGCUUACCUCUUCACUAUCAUCAAUAGCCUUCAGGGCUUCUUUAUUUUCCUAGUCUACUGCCUCUUCAGCCAUCAGGUCCGAAAGUGGUUUGGAGACAUCAUGAAACCUAAAUCUGAGUCUGAGUCUUAUACACUUUCCAGCAGGUUUGGCCCGUAUUCAAAAUCCAGUGAGGGUGGGGAUGUCUUUCCAGGACAAGUGAAGAGAAAAUAUUAA